AUGUCUCUAUCUACCAGACCACGACUUUUGCAGGGAACUACUUCGGAAUCGUUUGGAGCGCAGAGUAAUGGACUAUAUGGAAAUGGGAACUACCCAACGAACUCGGGGUCAAAUGUUACAGGUGGGGCUGGCUGGACCACCACGCCAAGUCGUGGGUAUGGUGGCGUUCACACACCGCACACGAGCAGCUACUCCCAUAACACAACGCCCGUUAAACUGGGCCCCAGUCAGGUUACAGGGGGUCCGGGUUGGAGCAUCGUUCCAAGUGGUCAACCACCACCUAUUCAGUCACGACAAGCUAGCAGCUUUCAACACAGCUGUGGAGUCAAUGUCAAGUCUGAACCAGGGAGGGCCAAUGGGAGUCCGGGAUGGAGCAUCACUCCAAGUCAAGUGAAUGGCAUCAACCGCGAGGAAAGCGAUCGGAUGCCUCAAAUGCCGGGGGCCUGGGAAGAUUCUGAUAGUGGCAGCGACGAGGUAGCUACCGGCGGCUAUGCUUUGUGGCAACAAGGGGCUCGCUCGACCCAUCCCUCUAGCCGUACUCUUCCCCCACCGAACCCAUCCUACAACCGAUCCAUUCCAGCCUGGAACCCAUCCGCGUUACCAGGCUUUGCAAGCGUUAGCCAACUGGCCAGCCUCGAUCGACCAGGUCUACUGAACAACGGCAGCUACUUCUCCGACGUGGAUUACCUGGGAGGGCAACCCAGUCUUGCUUCAACGAUUCAUCGUGCAAACAACAUUGACUUCCAGAACAUGACCGAUAUGGACGGGAACCCCCUGAAUCCGCGGUUAGCGAACUAUCUGGAUGACUUUGUGCACAAUCCUGUCAAAACAGAGGAGGAAAUUCAACAACUUCUUUCGAAUAUUCGACCUGAUAUGGAAAUUCCCGAGGAGGAGCGGGGUGAAACACCGGCGGGCAUGAAGUAUCCUCUCUAUCCGCACCAACAGCUUGCCCUGAAGUGGAUGGCGGAGAUGGAGACAGGGUCAAACAAAGGCGGUAUCCUGGCCGAUGAUAUGGGUCUUGGUAAAACGGUCUCGACCCUGGCGUUGAUGAUUUCCAGGCCCUCUGAGGACCGGGCAGUGAGGACUAAUUUGAUCAUUGGACCUGUCGCCCUUAUCAAACAAUGGGAAAACGAGGUCAAGAACAAGCUGAGGGGUACUCAUAAGAUGAGUGUUUACCUCCUCCACCAGAAGAAGAAGAUACCAUUCACUGAGCUCAUAAAUUACGACGUGGUGCUCACAACGUAUGGUUCAAUCGCCUCGGAAUGGCGCCAGUACGAGAAGCACGUGCAACAACGCAACGCGGCUGCGUUGUAUUCGGAGAGAGACGACGGCGAGCUUGCCAAAAAGUGCCCCUUGCUUCACCCCAAGAGCACCUUUUACCGCAUCAUCAUCGACGAAGCCCAGUGUAUCAAAAACAAGGACACCCAGGGCUCAAAGGGCGUGCACAAGAUCAAUGCCACCUACCGCUGGUGCCUUACUGGCACGCCCAUGAUGAACAACGUAUCAGAGCUCUAUCCACUCAUCCGUUUUUUGAGGAUUAAGCCCUUUUGGGAACAUAGGCACUUCCAAACGGCGUUUAAAUGCCUCGGCCCCCGGAAUAAUGGUAACAACGAGUAUGCUCGCAAGCAGGCCAUGGACAAACUCCGGACCGUUCUCAAGGCCAUCAUGCUGAGGCGCAUGAAAACCUCGCAGAUAGAUGGCAAGCCCAUCUUGACUCUACCCCCCAAGACCGAGAGAUCCGAGUUUGUAGAGUUCUCAGUGGAUGAGACACAAUUUUACAAAGACCUCGAAGAGAGGUCGCAGGUUGUCUUCAACAAAUACCUCCGUGCCGGUACUGUUGGUCGCAACUACUCCAAUAUUCUUGUUCUUCUGCUGCGGCUUCGCCAAGCAUGCUGCCACCCUCACUUGAUUGAUUUCGAGUGCGUCGGCAGCGCAACCACCGCUGACGAGACCAUGGAUGAUUUGGCCAGGAAGCUUGAUGCUGCAGUCAUCCAGCGUAUCAAGGACAUCGAAUCUUUUGAGUGUCCUAUCUGUUAUGACGGCGUCGAGGAUCCAGUCCUAGCUAUACCCUGCGGCCAUGACACCUGCUCAGAGUGCUUCACUUCGCUGACAGACAACGCGGCCAGGAACAAUGUUCUUACAGGUAACGAGAACGCCGGUGCUAAGUGUCCGCAAUGCCGCGGCCCCGUUGAUGCUUCAAAGGUGAUCAAGUACACGACUUUCCGAAAGAUUCAUAUGCCGGAAACUCUUCCUAAGGAAGAUGUCAAGGAGGAGGAGCUGCCAGAGAUUUCAGACUGGUCUGGCUCGUCAGAAGACGAGGAUUCCGACAAUGAUUCUGUCGGCAGUUUGAAUGACUUCAUCGUGGAAGACGAUGAUUCAGAUGAACUCAGUGAGGGUGAAGCUGCAGCCCAGGCGAUGAAGAUGGCGGAAGCCAAGGCGGAAGCGAAGGCGAGAAAGGAAGCGAGACGGGCGGAAAAGAAGACCACGAAGGCGUCCAAGAAAGGCAAGGAGAAGAGUAAACUGAGCAAGGGGAAGAGCAAGGUUGAGCCGGUCAACCCAAGUCAGCUGCGGACACUCCGCCUUGAGGCUGGCAGAAACAAGGAGGCCCGUCGGAGAUAUAUGCACUACCUCCGCGAUAAUUGGGAGGACUCGGCGAAGGUCACCCAAGUCAUUGAGCUUCUGAAGACGAUCCAGGAAACCAAUGAGAAGACCAUCAUUUUCUCUCAGUGGACCUCCCUGCUGGACUUGAUCGAAUGCCAGAUCAAGUACAGCCUCAAGCUGCGUCACUGCCGGUACACUGGCGACAUGUCGCGCACCCACCGCGACGAAGCGGUUCAAGACUUUGUAGAGAACCCCGAAAACAAGGUCAUGCUGGUGUCCCUCCGGGCCGGUAACGCGGGACUGAACCUGACGUGCGCUUCGCGUGUCAUCAUUUGCGAUCCCUUCUGGAAUCCAUUUAUCGAGAUGCAGGCUGUCGACCGCGCCCACCGUAUUGGGCAGCAAAAGGAGGUGCAGGUCCACCGAAUCCUGGUCAAGGAAACGGUCGAGGACCGCAUCAUGGAUUUGCAAGAGAAGAAGAGGGAGCUGGUGGAGAGCGCCCUGGAUGAAGACAAGAGCAAGCAGCUGGGCAGACUGGGUGUUCAGGAGCUGGCUUACAUCUUCAAUGGCGGCGCGAGACCCCCUCAAUAG